CGCGCGCUUGCGCGCGCAUAUAUAUAUACACACACACUAUGCACCCUAAAUACCCAUCUUCGCUAUUCUUCAUCUUCUUCUUUUUUCGGUUUUCCUUCCAAUUUUGAGAGUUUUUAUAGGGUGUGUGAGGGAACAUGAAGUUUUGGAAGAUUUUGUGCAAUCAGAUAAAUGAAACAUUGCCAGAUUGGCAAGACAAGUUCUUAUCGUAUAAAGAUUUGAAGAAACGGCUGAAACUGAUUUAUCCCAAACAAGGGUCGUGCAAUAAUCAUGAAAAUAGUGACAUUUAUACUAAUGGGAGGCCAAAUAAACGGCCCAGAUUGAGUGAUGAUGAAAAGGAAGUUGGAGAUUCUGUGUGUGGAGGUGAUGAUGAUGGGGAUGAGGUGACAAAAGAAGUAACUGAUUUUCUAGAGCGUUUGGAAAAGGAGAUCGAGAAAUUUAAUAGGUUCUUCGUCGAUAAAGAAGAAUUUUACAUCAUUAGAUUACAGAUGCUAAAAGAAGAGGUUGCAGAAGCUAAGGAUUCAGAGGUAGAGCUGAUGAAAAUAGGAAGAAAGAUAGUAGAUUUUCAUGGAGAGAUGAUUCUGCUGGAGAAUUACAGUGCUCUAAACUAUACAGGACUAGUGAAGAUUUUGAAAAAAUAUGACAAGCGAAGUGGGGAACUCAUGCGACUACCUUUCAUACAAAAGGUUCUGCAUGAGCCAUUCUUUCGAACUGAAGUUUUAAAUAAUCUCGUGAACGAUUGUGAGAUAAUGAUUUACGGCAUCUUCUCAUGGCACGAGCAAUUGACCCCACCAGAAGAGAUUGGUCAGAAAGAAGGUUGCAGUGACUGGGCUGCGACUGAGGAUUCAGAAAAACUUCUUAGACUGCCUGAAGAACUUUCAGCAAUUGAAAACAUGGAAAAUAUGUACAUGAGGCUUACUAUGUCAGCCUUACGGACUCUGAGGGAAAUCCGAAGUGGAAGUUCCACUGUAAGCAUGUUCUCAUUGCCACCCAUGCAAGGUCAUGACUUGGAUGAAUUUGGGAAGUAAAAUCCUGUCACGGAGCAUGAAGCUAAGAAACCUAGUGUUAUUAUACUUUUGGUUAUGAUAUUUCCUUCUUGAAGCCCAUAGUCUUGUUAGCUCUAGGUUUUUCUGUAAACAUUACAUUUGAAACUCAAAAGUACCACAAACCUCCAUAUCAAGCCUUUGUUCUGAAAAUCAAGGAAGGUUUGUGGAGCUACUAUAUGUACUUGAAUGUCAUUUUGUAGAGGUUAAUCACUUGUAAUAUUUUCCAUCUGAUGCUGUUUUGUUUCUUUGUCAUGCUGUUUAGCUCGAUAAUUUAUACUUGAUGAAAGAAGAAUGUUUGUAACAUAA